AUGAUAUCGUCUUUCCUGUAUGUUCGGCACGAAAUUGAAGAACCUAGUAUUAAGUAUAUUCUUCUACGUGAUCGUGUCGGACUCUCGGUUGAAAAACACAUGUUGGCACUCGGCCUUACGACGAAGUCUACACCAAUUCAAGUUUUGCGUGGCGAGGUAUUAGAAGGUGUUCCUGAGGCUGAACAACCUACAGACUCAACUAGAGCAGUUGUUGUUGGAAUUGAACGUAAAUCAUUACGUCUUGGAUGUCCUACGGAGGAUAUUGCUCGACUAUCUGAGGAAGAAACCAACUUGCUUUUAGCAAUUACUUCAUCUGAAGGAAGAUACCUAGCGUAUAUAGAUAGGAAACAUCUGGCAUUUGGCCGACAAUUGUCAAUCGGAAGUGCUGUUUUGGUUGAAGUGAAAGGAAAUUUCCAGGUUUUGCCUGGUACUAUUUGGUAUAAAGGUGUAUUACCGCCCAAUCUAGGAACUUGGUUUGGAGUUGAACUCAUAAAACCUCCAGGGUCAGGAACAUGCGAUGGAACAUUUAGAAACAAGCGAUACUUUACCUGUCCGCCAGGCUGUGGGGUUUUUGUUGGACUGGACCAAUUGUCACCUGGAGAAGAUGAAGAUGACUUGAAC